CAUAUGUUGCCAUCAAACGUCAAAAUAAAGGCAUUACGGGGCCCGCAUUUCAUUAGCUUCAAGGAAGAAGUGGGUUUUGUUGAUUAUAGUCUUCGAAAGCGGUGUUCAGGAAAAGCGCCAGUGAUUGCAAAAGAAAGAAUACAUUCCGUAUAAAAGAUGGGGAAAAUCAAGAAAGUCAAACCUCCAAAAAACUCAGCAGCUCAAAAUUCAAUUGCUGAUGAUAAAGAUGAUGUACCACAAUUAGUCAGCAUUUCAGCUGCACCGAAAAGCAGUCCUAAACAAAUCGAGGGUGCAGAGAACAAAAUCAAAUUUGAGAAAUCCUCCGUAAUGAAGAAGACAAUAAGCAAAAAAGAAAAACGCGCUAAUAAGCGUAAAAAAUUUACUUCCAAAAUAGACUUGAUAAAGCAACAAAAGAGCACCAUCGAUCAAAAUAAGAAGAUGAAGAGGAAAAAGAAACAAGAAAAUAGAGCUCCUGUCUGCAGUUUGAUGACACUCAAGGACGCACUUCCGUCUCUUGAUGAAUUAUUCAAAUUUAAAUCGAGUGAGAUUAAAACCGGCAUUGCCGAAUAUGAUAAGCCGAAAACCAAGUGUCAAAUUAAAAAGGAGAAUCAACAAAAGAAGAGACGCGAAAUGCUUGGUAGGUUGAAACGAUACACUGAACUAUUGAAGGAUCCCGACUACAUAAAGAACCCCCGCGAAACGAUUGUUAAUCAUAUUAAAUUUUCGAGAGAUUUAAGUGAUAGUUAAUCCUGAAUUAUAAGAUAUUUUUAAGGUAUUUUUAGUGUGAAUUUGAAUAUUGAAAUUUACAAAUUAUAAUAUAUAUAAUGACUAGCUACUAAAAUAACAGAACAUCUAC